AUGCCUAACUCAAAGGGUCCAAAGGAACAAAUAAGGAGACUGUACUCCAAUGUAAUACACUCGGUGCUCUUAUAUGGAGCGCCAGUGUGGGCGGAGAACAUAACUAGAAAUAUACAGGUAAAAAGAAAGAUCUAUAGGUUGCAAAGAAAGAUCUGUCCGAGGAUGUGUUGCGGUUAUAAGACAAUCUCCUUUGUGGCCGCAACGAUAUUAGCCAGAUGCACCCCAUUGGAUUUAACCGCUAAUGUCUUAAACAAAAUUUACAAACAAGUAAAAAAAAAUAUGGAACGGGAAGGCACAUUUCUGGAACACUCCGUCAAGGUGAGGUUAUGUCUUGAAGCUAAGAGAGAAGCAGUUAAGGAGUGGAAGAUAAGAGUGACAACUAGCCACAAUACCAGUGGUAUUAGGGUGACCCAAGCUACCGUCCCACAUCUGGAAGAGUGGUACAGGAUGAAAAAGUGA